AUGACUGUGCAGGGCGAUGUUGACAUUCCCUGUGCACGCCGGAUGGUUUUGUCUGCACCAGCGGCUAUUGCUAGGGAGGGCGCUCGUAGCCAGAAAGGUCAGCGCCAACCUAUCGCCAUGCCCAGCAUGGAAGACCAACAGCGGGCUUCUCGGCUCUUUGCAAGCUGGGCGUCCUGGGAAUCCCUUACUGUCACCAUUUCAGGGCUCCCAAAAGAUAUCAGCACAUUCACGAUUUGGCGGUCCUUUAAAGUCUACGGUUCCAUCGAAUGGGUCGAAAUAUUCGAAGACACGAAAGGGAGGCAGGAUGGCAGGGGGAAAAUUCGGUUUCGGCCGCCUCCGCGGGAAGUCUUUUGCCCAGAUCGAAGGCACAUUCUCGAGCUCGACGAUGGCCAGCGUUGCCUGCUUCAGGUGCACAUUAGCCCAAGGAAGCCUUCGAACCAGAUUCCAAGCCCUAUAAAUCUGGGGGUAAUGUACCCAAUGACAACGGAGAUCUCAGUGGGGAAAUUAGACUUUGGGACAUUAAUAGAUAAAGACAUGAUGCUUUCUCUCAGAACCGUUGAUUCGAGCCGAAUGGGUCAGAUUCGAUUCAUAGUUGAUCUCAAUCGUCGCGAAAUAGUUGUGUUCUUUAACCUCUCUUUUUUUGACCCCCGUCUUUCGUCACGGUCUCCCCUUAUUUACAGCUACCGUUUCCGUAUCCCCUUUGUUCAUCUUUCCCGUGUUCUACGGACUAAAGAAUUAGGCGAUUCAUCAUUGGUGAUUGUUUUGGACUCGCCGCCAAUAUAUCACAGGAGAUUGAAUGACGUGACAGUCACUUUCUCUGACACCGAAAAUACGUGGAAAGAGUCCGACUGUUGGUUCCGACAAACAGAUAUUCCUUACUCCCAAAAUGAAGCCGCGCAAGCGCCGCUGAGCUUGCGAAAGGCACAAUCUCUAAUAAAUAUCGGUAAGCUCGUCCUAACCUUCGAGGCUGGCGAUCUUUGGCUAACAUUGUUCUUGUCAGGACGCUGGACGACUUUUAGACUGACUUUCCGCAAUCUUGAUGAUUCCAGCAUUCAAAAGCUUGAGGUACUCCGAAAUAUUUAUACGGACUUUAACGUUGAAGUCCAGGAUGCUCCAGCAUUCGGGGUCAGCGCGGAUUCCGCAGCCAUACCAGCAUGGAGGUGGAUUGAUCCACCUAUCCGCGGCUCAAAACGAACUUCUUCGCUACAAGAAUUGGUAGAAGAGGACUAUACACCCCUUCCAUUUACUGUCAGAUACCAGCUGGAAGUUUGCUUGUCUCAUGGGUUUCUAAACGAAUAUACCAUAGGUAAAGAGUUUGUGACUGCUCUUGUUGCCCUUGGCGAAACGAAAGCAAGAGAGUUGCUGGAGCAUGUUGCAAGUGAGAAGCAUGUGUAUUAUGACCCGAAGAAAAUAUUUGACAUAUUAUUUGUCAAGCCAGCGACGAGCCGCAGAAUUCCAAAAUACUGUUGCUAUAUGAGAACGGCACGAGUGACCCCUUCGACGGUCUAUUUUGGCACUCCUUCUGUUGAUAUCACAAACCGCGUGAUAAGACAUUAUAUUGAAUACGCUGAUCGAUUUCUCCGUGUUCGUUUCACCGAUGAGAAAUUUGAAGGGAGGAUCCAACCGAGCCAUAACAAUACUAUGGAUGAGGUAUUUACCCGCGUUAAACGUACAAUGAUGAACGGCAUCACACUCGGUGACCGGCAUUAUGAGUUCCUCGCUUUUGGAAACUCUCAGUUCCGCGAACACGGGGCCUAUUUCUUUGCUUCCUUACCACAUCUGACAGCUGCCAAUAUUCGUGCGUGGAUGGGCCAUUUUAGUGACAUCAAGGAGAUUGCAAGGCAUGCUGCGCGUCUUGGUCAGUGCUUUUCAACAACUCGGGCAGUCACCGGUUGCCCCGUGCAAAUCCGUGAGAUAGAAGAUAUUCAAAGAAAUGGAUAUACGUUCUCAGAUGGCGUCGGUCGCAUUUCAAGAUUCCUCGCGCAAAUGGUCAUGACUGAAUUCAAAAUCAAAACCCCAUGUGGGGAGCCUCCGUCUGUCUUUCAAUUCAGACUUGGUGGCUGUAAGGGAAUCUUGACUGUUUCUCCAGAGGCUCAACGCCAACAAGUUCAUAUUCGCAAGAGUCAAUACAAGUUUCCAGCCAUACAUAACGGGCUUGAAGUCAUUCGGCAUUCGCAUUUCUGUAUGGCAAGUUUGAACCGCCAGCUCAUCGUCGUGUUAUCUAGCCUUGAAGUGCCAGAUGAAGUCUUUCUUGAAAAGCUCAGGAUGAUGCUUGGAAAUCUUGAAUUGGCCAUGACUAGUGAAACUCAGGCUAUCCAUCUGCUUUACAAGUAUAUUGAUCCUAACCAAAUGACCCUUGUGUUGGCGGAGAUGAUUCAGGAUGGCUUUCAGAGUUCAAAAGAACCGUUUGUCACUUCACUGCUCGAGUUGUGGCGUGCAUGGCAGAUCAAAUAUCUCAAGGAGAAAGCGAAGAUUAUCAUUGAAGAAGGCGCUUGCUUGUUCGGCUGCCUCGAUGAAACAGGGACACUCAAAGGCUUUUUUCAUGACAACAUUCCUUCUAAGGACGCAUCUUACGAAGAAAGGCUCGCCUGCCUUCCUGAGAUUUUUGUUCAGAUUUCACGCGCCAAUAAUGAUGGGAAAUAUGAAAUUAUCGAGGGACCUUGCAUAAUUGCCCGAAAUCCGUCCUUGCAUCCGGGCGACAUCCGGGUCGUAAAAGCUGUCAAUGCACCCGCCCUACACCAUCUUAGAGAUGUGAUUGUAUUCCCACAGACAGGAGAUAGGGAUAUCCCAAGCAUGUGUUCGGGUGGUGACUUGGAUGGUGAUGAUUACCUGGUCAUUUGGGACCAAGAUCUCCUUCCAAAAGACUGGUUCAAACAGCCAAUGAAUUAUGCACCAUCAGUUAAAGCUCUUCGUCUAUCUCGUGAUGUCACUGUCAAUGAUAUCACUUCUUUCUUCGUGACAUACAUGAAGAACGAUCGUCUUGCCCAGAUUGCUCAUUCACAUCUGGCAUGGGCGGAUUAUUUGGAGAAAGGUGUCAACGAUUCAAAGUGCAUAAGGCUAGCGGAAUUGCACUCUGCGGCAGUUGAUUACAACAAAACUGGGAUUCCAGCCAAAAUGACGAAAGAUCUGGCACCUCGCAAAUGGCCACACUUUAUGGAGAAAAAGCACAAGCCAAAGGACGCCCAGUAUAUUUCGCAAAAGAUUCUGGGGAAGCUAUAUGAUAUUGUGGAACGGGUGAAUUAUAGGCCAAAACUUGAAGCACCAUUCGACGAUCGGAUUCUGAAUAGUGGUAUUGAGGUAAACGAUGACCUUCUGGCUGUAGCUGCCGAGUUAAAGGUGCUAUACGAUGCCGAUAUGUGCAGGAUCAUGGCACAACAUGAGAUUAAAACCGAGUUCGAAGUAUGGUCAACAUUUGUCCUAAGCCAUUCUAACAUGAGCAAGGACUAUAAGUUCCAUGAAGAGAUUGGUCAAAUCUCAUGUGCUCUCCGGGAACGAUUCCGUAACCUUUGCUGUGAAAAAGCAGGUGGUAAAAAUUUUGAGCACCUAGCACCCCUUGCCGUUGCAAUGUACAAAGUCACUUGCAAUGAAAUGACGCAAGCACUAGCAAAGAUAAUGGCAAGGUGCGGCGAAGACGAUGAUCAAAGCCCAUGGUCAGAGCAUGAAGAGAAACUGCCGUUGAUCAGCUUUCCAUGGCUGCUCCAACCCGUUCUCGGGAAGAUUGUCAAUAAACACUACGACCCCGCAUGUCUUGAGGAAGUAGGUUUGUGGUCUGGUCAAGCUUCGUUCAAAAAGCGCAAAGACGGCAUCGAUGGAAAUUCAUCCGGUACACGCGAUGUAGAGACCGCAGGUGGCGUUCAACAUGCUGGAGAAGUGCUCGAACUGUUUCAGGGUCCUAACUAUGACCCUAGGACUGGCCUCGACGCAACUUUCGAUAGACCUGGGGCAUCCCCAGGAGAGACUGAUGAUCUUGCCAAAGUUCCCCUGGGAAACAGGAGUCCUACUAUUGAAGGGUCAAGUCAGCUUAUCAACCUUGGUGAAGAACUCUCCACUUCAGGUUCCCCAGUACCGACUUCGUUGGAUUCGAUGAUGAAUUUGAUGAGCGUUAUUGAUCAACCAACUGACCCAAACAUAAAGCGAACUUCCGAGCUAAUUCCAACAAGAGCACAACUCACGGAAAAUGGGCAGGUGUUGGCAGAUAAUGAUCUAAUUGAUCAUCCCUCAACGCUUCUUCAAAAAGAGCCUCUGCCGGAAAAUGAUGAAGUGGAAGACAUUAUUGAACAAGAAGGGGAGAUCAAGCCGUCGGCGAUCGAUGAGCUGGAGGCAUUGCUUGGCAUGUGAACACUUUGGGAACGCGUUUACUAGUUGGUUUGGCUUUCUUGAGACCACCGAGUAUGAAAUAUAAAGGUUAGGGGCGAUUCGGAAGUGCAUGCUUCGUAGACUUGGACUUGUUCAAUCACGUUGUGGAUGGUUGCAUGAUGGACUGUAAUUCCUGGACUAGACUUAUUUUAUAACCCUGAAA